CUACUUGAGUGCACUUCGUAGCGAGCACGUCGACGCUGUUUAAGGGCACUAUGUAGUAAACAAUGUAUUGAUUUGGGACACUUCGGCGUCCUGCGUGCUGUGGAUGGAGUUUGCCACGUUGCCGCAGAUGCAGAACAACGCCACCGGGUGUGUGUGAGCGCGAGCGCGCGUGUGUGUUACAACGUGACCUGAUGUCGAACGCGAUUAAGAGUUUCGUUGUGGAAAAAAGUAUAAAUUUGUAAAAAUGCUCGCGGGUGUGAUCGUGGAGGAGGAAUUUGAAAAGGAGCAGGAGCUCUGGUACAGCCGGAAAGAGCUCGAGCAUGAUCUCCACUUGGCCGCAGAGUUGGGAAAGUCUCUGCUGGAAAGGAACCAUGAGCUGGAGCAGGGCCUUCAGCAGAUGUACUCCACCAAUCAGGAGCAGCUGCAGGAGAUCGAGUACCUGAACAAGCAGGUGGAGUUGCUGAGGCAGAUGAACGAUCAGCACACUAAAAUGUACGAGCAGCUGGACGUGGCGGCGCGAGACCUGGAGACGAAAAACCACCAGCUGGUGCAGGAAAACCGCACGGCCCAAGGAAAGAUCCAGAGCCUGACCGAGACCAUCGACUCGCUUCAGUCUCACACGGAGAGCCUGCAGAAGCAGGUGGAGGAGCUGAAGGCGUCGCAGUCGGAGCGCUCGAGGAGAGAACGUGAAGCCGAGACCCGGCGAGGCCUGACUGCUCAGAGCGUCUCCUGCCUCUACGACCUGCACCGAGACACUGCGUUUCUGGUUCCAAUGUUCUUCUGUAGAAAGAUUCCAGAGGAGAUUGACAAGAGCCGCAUCUCCUUCAGAGGAAUUUUGGGCAAGACAAGACGUCUGCGUGAUGAUCGCUCGUGGUUGGUUCUGGACAUGGGCCUGGUGGAGGAGGAGAGAUCUUCUCUGCACAGCGCCUUGCGUAGCCUUCACUCCCAGCUGAGCAGCGAGCGCGAGCGGCGCGAGGCGGCCGAGAAGGUCACGGCAGUGACCGAGCACGAGAACCGGGCACUGGAGGAACAGCUGGCACAGCUGGAGAAGGCGCGACGGCACCAAGCUGAACUGGAGGCGGAGGUGGAGGAGCUGCGAGAACUGUGGCGCUCUGAACCCUCUGCCGUCAGACCCACGGACUCGCUGGUGGCCGACGACGUGUUCUUCCUCUCUGAAGAGAAGGGGGUGGAGUCGGGGGCGGAGUCUGAGGCAGAAGAGGAAGGGGCGGAGCAGGACGCAAGACGCAACCACGAGCUGACCUGCAUUCGGCGCUCUGAGGCGGUGAGGAGGCGCGGCAUCUCCCUGCUGAACGAGGUGGAUGCGCAGUACGGCGUCCUGAAGACCAAAUACGACGAGCUGCUGCUGCGCUGCCAACGUGGAGACCAUGCCUCCAGCCACAAAUCCGUCCAGACGCCCGCCGUCGCCUCCAUCAAACAUCAGCCCGCCUCCUUCAUCGAUGACACGUACCAGCCCGAGUACCGGGCGCUCUUCCAGGAGAUCUUCACGUGUAUCCAAAAGACCAAAGAGGACCUGAGUGAGAACAGGAACAAACAGUGACCCCGCCCCCCCAGGGGUUUUCUUUGUUGGUUUGAGCAGGCAGUAUUCUCAUCAGGCUCCACCCAUUUUACACCACUUUCUUUCUUUGUUGUUUUUAUUUUUAUUUUUGCAUAUAAAUGGUUUAGGUGAUACCAAGACGCACUGCAUUGUGGGAUACCAGUGCACAUAUUUAAGAUUCCACACUCGUCACGUGAUUUUUGCAGGGGUUUUUUUCCACGCAGUUACUUCGUUCCUUUUUUUAUAUUUCAUUUCCACUUUAUUUAUUUAUUUAUGUAUUUAUUUGAACAGGGUUUUGACACGUCGUUAUGUUCACGCGUGCAGUGUAGUGUCUUCUACCCAUAUACACGUGACCGAGUGUCGCUCAUUCGUGUGAUGUUGGUUUACACCGCCCCCUGGUGGCAUUACGGUUGUCUGUUCUGCACACCGUUUCCCAUCAAAGAAAACUCACACGUGAGAUGUUGAGCUUUAUGGGGAUUUUUUUUUUACACGUGACUGAUUCAGAUACUUUUGUGGAACCUUCGGUUUUUGUUGACGUAUCGCUCCGGCCUCUGAUUUAUGGUGCUCUGUGACUGAUAUGGAGUACAGCCAUCACCACACACACACACACACACACACACACACACACACACACACGUGUGACAUUCAUGAUGCUCCGCUGCUCUGCACUUUAUUCUCUUUCAUGUAUUUCAGGUUUUUUUUUGUUUUUUUAAACAUAUUUAUUGUUUUUUUUUUUUUCUAUGUGUGAAUGUAAAUAUGAGCUUUAUUUUUUUUAAUUUAUUUGGAUUUGUUUUGUUCAGUCACUGUGUAUUUUUAUUUUUUUGGGAAACACUGAGUUGGACGUUUUUCUUCACGUGUUUAUAGGAAAGGGCUGAAGCUGAAGGCAGUUGAAUGAAAUACUGAAAUGAAAAAAUCGGGAAACUCAUUUGUUCUUUUUCUAAAUGAGGUCUAGACGUGUUGAUGCUGUCUGAUGUUGGAUUGCUCCGUUUUGCACCGGAGCCGUGAUGCAUUCAGCGACUCCUGUGGUCUUUUCUCAGCCACGCCAUAAUAAGGAGACGCUGGAGUAUAUUUUGUAUGACAUACACUAUACAGCCGAAAGUUUGUGGACACCUGACUAUAAGAUUGACCAUAAGGUUACAUUCAUCUUGUUUAGUAGGCUUGGAGCUCUAGAGCAGGAGAUCUUCUUGGAGCUGUGCACUUUGGGUCAUGCUGGAACAGGUUUGGGUCUCCAAGUUCUCCCAAGUUAAUGAAAGAUUUUAAUGCUAGAAGAACCACAAGCAGAUGGGAAAGUCGGGUGUCCCAAUACUUUCGGCUUAUCUAGUGUGGAUUUGACCCGUCCUCGUUAAAAGGUCAAUCAGGAAGGUCACUGUAAGAUGUUCGAGCGAGUUGUAGUUCGAUCCGGAAUUAACUUGUCUUUUAUCAUUUUCCACGUCUGGACAUUUUCACACCGUGAUACCAGAGGAUUCUGGAGGGAAAAAAAGAGCGAGCAUGAAAGGAAAGAAGGAGCAUUUGCAGGAUUUUUGGAGGGUUCUGAGAUGAUCGAGGAGAUGGAUGAAGGGUGGAAACGUUCGAACACGUAAUGGUCAAUGAUGAUGUGAUUUGCGUGAAGGUUGAAGAUGGAAAGGUGGUGAUUGUAUGUGUUAAUGAUGGAAACCAGGUGGAAAAUGUUUUUUUUUUUUUGGUCGAUUUUUAAGUUCAAUUUGAGAUGGCGGGACCUUUUUUUUUUUAUUACUACUAUUUAUUUAUAUUAUUUAGUUUUGUACUAAUUUUUUUUUUUUUUUACAAAUUUUUACCCGAACAGGGCCACCAAUAAUUACUAACAAGAAAAAAACGAGUAUGCCUGUUUAAGUAUAAGAGCUGAUAUUUAAAUUUUUUCCAUCUUUUUCUCCUUCUCCAAGUGUACAACAAGCCCCGCCCCCUCAUUUUCGGUUGGCUGCCAAGGCCAAGGAUUGUGAGGUCAAAAGUUAAUUUUUUUCCCCGUUGUUGUUUGUCGUAUUUCCAUUCGGUUGCAUUUCCCAAAGCUACUGUUAUUCGAAAAAUUGUAACCAAGAGUUUUAUCGCCAUAGCAACGCACGUAAGUAUUAAUUUGUCGGCAGGCGUGAUUGGUGUGAUCGUAACGUUUUUGUCUGGGAAAAAUAUAAAUAGAUGGGAAUAAAUGUAACGCUUCAUCUAUUAAAAAAAAAAAAUAGAUUUCAAUAUAUGUUAUGCAGCCAAAAGUUUGUGGACACCCGAACUUAAGAUCGCUAAGUGCUUCUUUCUGAACCUUUUGUUCCACAUUUAGUCCCAAUUUUGACUUAUUAUAAGAUCGAUUCUUCUGGGAAGAUGUUCCACUGGAUUUUGUGGAGAUUCGUCCAGCCACAUGGUUGUUAGUAAAGGCAGCUACUGAUGUAUAUUUAUAUUUAAAGCACAACCACAGCAAAAUCUUUCAUUAAUCUUCAAUGUUUCAAUCUAAUUGGCACCGAAGCAAGACGCCGACCGAAAUCCAAUAGUUUUCUGAGGUAAAACAUGGCGAAUUUUAUAUUCCUACUUCUCAAUCUCACAUUUAAUGAGAUCAUUGUAAAUCACUCUGGAUUAAGGAAUCUAAAAUUUGGAUUGGAUUAGACAGCAAUUUCUCAUCAGCUUUAGACUGUGGUUUGUGCUACGCAAAAAAAAAAAUCCGAUUAGCUAGCUAGUCAGGUACUGAUGUAGGUGAGGUGAGGGGGUUGGAGCUCUUAGCGGGAGAUCUUUUACUCCAACCCAUGGAAAGCAUAUCUUCAUGGAGCUGGCUUUGAGCACAAUCCUGAAUGGAAAUGUUGUGCCAGAGAUAUUUGGGGAAAGUCGGGUGUCCCAAUACUUCGGUUUAGGCUUCGUUUAUUUGUAAUAAAAUGCGAAUUGUUCACAGUAUAAUAUACAGUAGUAUUAGUGUAUAUAAUAACGUCAAAUGACCUACUAGAGAUCCGUUUAUUUAACAAGUCGUCGACGGAAGUCAGCCUGUAGUAGAUAGACAUAAAAAAAAAUUCCGCAUGCCGCACCAGGAGCGUCCCGAUUGGUCGGCUGACUCGUUCGCAUAUUCGUAUUAGCGAGGAAGAUGUUAUAAUACAGAUGAAUUUAUUAAUCGAUGAUUAUUCCUACGUGAGGAAUGUUUGUGUGUGGAGAUCAGCAUCUUCGGUUUGUUCGGCCGUUGUUAAAGGCGCUGAAAUAGUGAUUAUUUUAUUUCCCAUGCUAACACUUUAAAGGGAAAAAUUUAUUAUAUAGUAGCUUUGUGCUUUUGGGCCAGAUGCUAACUUUCUUUAGCUUCAGUACAAAAUACUUCAUUCAAAAUAAACACACAUUCUUGAUCAUUUCAUUUGAUUUCCUCACCCAGCUGUAUUUCAGAUGUUAAAAUUUUUAUCACCGUUGUCGAUGAAACGCUUAUAAAUGCUAAUGUGCAUUACUUGUAACAUGGUGCUGAACUUUGUAGCUAAACGCCAUUCAAAUGCCUUUUUUCCUCUGUAAAGAGUUAAAGCACGAGGGGAAUCGUAUCAGGGCUUUAGCCGAUCAAAUAAAGAUCAAAUGCAAUUCAA